UUUUUUCUUCCCCUCAAACUCUCUUUUUCAAUCUACCAUCAAAAAGACACCAAGUUUCUCUCUCUACUCUUACCCUAGUAGGAGUAUUGUCCUUUUGUGUUGUUGUCUGCUUAAAUAAGCUCUCAUAAGCCUAUUUCAAAGCUGAAUGAAAUUUGUCAAAGCACCCAAAAAUGGUAGUUGUAAAAGCUGGAAGCCGACCACCAUGGGUUGGUCUUGGAGCAGCCAUUUGGGUCCAAAUCGCUGCUGGGAACUCGUACAAUUUCCCUCUGUACUCUCCGGCUCUGAAAUCAGUUAUGGGUUAUAGUCAGCAACAGCUCACUAUUCUUGGAGUGGCCAAUGAUAUUGGAGAGAAUGUGGGUAUUCUUCCUGGCAUCGCCUGCAACAAAUUCCCACCUUGGGCUGUGCUUUUGGUUGGUGUUUGUUCCUGUUUCUUGGGCUAUGGUGUCCUCUGGCUUGCUGUUAGCCAGACUGUUCAGUCCCUCCCUUACUGGGUGUUGUGGCUUGCACUCUGUCUUGCUACUCAUAGCAGUGCAUGGUUUGGCACAGCGGUGCUUGUGACUAAUAUGAGGAACUUCCCUCUUAGUAGGGGCACAGUUGCUGGCAUUCUCAAAGGCUAUAUUGGGCUUAGUGCUGCAGUAUAUACCGAGGUGUACACUAUGGUGCUGAAUGAGUCUGCUUCAAAACUAUUGCUAUUGCUCACAAUUGGGCUUCCAGUUAUAUGUUUGGCAAUGAUAUAUCUUAUUCGGCCUUGUACUCCAGCUUCUGGCGAAGACUCUUCCGUCCAUGUCCAUUUUCUGUUUACCCAGGCUGCAAGUAUCUUUCUUGCCAUCUAUCUUCUCACAACCACAAUAUUGAAAGACAUAUUAUCUCUAAGUAAUGCCAUUUCCUACACAUUGAUCGCCAUAAUGGUUAUUCUUCUAAUGUCUCCUCUUGCAAUCCCCGUCAAAAUGACAUUAUUUCCUGCAACUACCAAGAAAUUUGGCCCACCAGUUAGUUCUUCAGAUGAUUUGGUUGCAGAAGGUGGUGAUUCAAAUCAAACAGAUCCUUUAUUGACUCCAUCUUCAUCGCCGGCAUAUCUUGGAAGUUUUCAUGAAAGUGAAGAUUCUUCAGAUAUAGAGAUACUUCUGGCUAUGGGAGAGGGGGCGGUGAAGAAGAAAAGGAAACCCAGAAGGGGGGAGGAUUUCAAGUUCGGCCAAGCUUUGAUUAAGGCCGAUUUCUGGCUUCUGUGGCUAGUAUACUUCCUUGGGGUUGGUUCUGGAGUAACCGUUCUCAAUAAUUUGGCACAAAUUGGAGUUGCUCUAGGUAAUGAUGAUGCAACAAUAUUAUUGUCUCUAUUCAGCUUUUGCAACUUUCUGGGCCGUCUUGGAUCCGGGGCUGUUUCUGAACACUUUGUGAGGUCAAGAACAAUUCCUCGAACAAUUUGGAUGACAGUCACACAGAUGAUCAUGAUCGUAGUAUUUCUUCUUUAUGCGUCAGCUCUCAGUGGUACCCUUUAUGCUGCAACAGCAUUGCUUGGGAUUUGUUACGGUGUUCAGUUUGGUAUAAUGAUUCCAACUGCCUCGGAGCUUUUUGGCUUGAAACAUUUUGGUAUAAUAUUCAACUUUAUGCAGCUAGGCAAUCCUAUUGGUGCACUUCUCUUCUCGGGUGGUCUUGCUGGUUAUAUUUAUGACUUAGAGGCUGAGAAGCAAGGAGGGUCCUCGUGCUUGGGUGCCAAUUGCUUUAGAGUCACAUUCCUGUUUCUGGCCGGUGUCUGUGGUCUGGGCACUAUAUUGAGCAUUAUUCUCACAGUCAGAAUAAGACCAGUCUACCAGAUGCUGUAUGGUGGGGGUUCUUUCCGACUGCCUCCAAGUUCGAACCACUGAUUCUCGGAAACUAUGCACUUCUUAGAAAUUGGGGUAUAUGCGCUUUAUAAAGGAAUGUAAUAAAUUUUUUGAGCUCUAGGUGAAUUGCAUGUUUUGCACUCGUCACUUUUUGUGCUCUGAAAGUAGCUGAGCUUCAGUUCUCUCUCAACUAACGGCUUGUCUCACGGCUGACGGUUCAUCUGGGAAAGAUUUUGAAGCUUCUAUGUAUGUUGUACCUACAUGGAAAAGAUUGCACUUUGGUCAUCAAAUUCUGUUAGUUAUAUUAUUUUUAUGAGGCUUGAUCUCUCUUUUAUUAUGGAGAGGAUCACAUCUUGUGAAUUUUGUGUGAAUUGAGAAGAGACUUUCUUCCUAAAUAAAUGAGCUAUGACAUUAUGGUA